AGAAGUCCACAGAGCUGAACUUCUUCCGCAUUACAAGAGAAAGCAAAAAGACAAACAUUCAGUCUUGGGCACAUUUAGGUGUCACUUCAUGCUUUAGAUGCAAAACAACCGCAAACUGCGGCUUUAUGUCUGACAGUCCGUCCAUUUAUGCGCCGUUUAUUCUGUGAAGGUCUCAAAGUCUGGUUCUGUGUCCCAGUUCCUGCUUCUGGAUGAAUGCAGAACUAUAACAAAGCAUUCAGAAGCUCAAGCGCAUCUAAGUGACUUCAGAUUGAAUGGAAUGGCUUGAACAUGUCAUAUGAGAGCACAUAUUCACGUAUGAUCAUCCGUACUUGCGUAAACAAUGGCAGACGGUGGAGUAGAGCUUAUGGAUCAAGGAUUUGCGAAUCUUGCCAAGGCAUUUGAGAUCCUUUCCCAGGCUGGGCAGGAACGAUGGGUCAGCCUGACAUUAAAAAUGGACCGCAGGCGGGAGGAGGAAUUGGUGAAUGCCAUGUGCUUGAUUCUCCUGAAGAGGAUUGGAGAGGCGCACGCUAAGCUAACGGCUAACAGCGACAGCAGCGUUGGAAAAUACUUGGCCGAAAUGGUCAAAAUGCACGGAGAACGUGUCAACAGUAGCCACAUUGGCGGUUUUAAGUCAACAGAUGUCAAUACGUUAUUGGAUAUCGCCAGAGUUUUCGCCGUUUUGGUGCAGGAGAGAUUGUGCGACAAAUUGCUACGAGAUCAAGCAUACCGCGAGGCUCUUGCGUCGAGCAGAAUGGCUGGUUUGCCAUCUUUAGACAUCGAGGAGGAAGUAAAGCAAGUCUGCGGUCCUGACAUUAUCAAUGAAUCCAACACCGAACGUCCUACUGAAACGUACAAUUUGACGUCGCUAGAGGGAAACGAAAGCCCUCCAUCAUCUCAGCAAUCAAGUUCGCGCUAUAGUCUCGAAAUUAGCUUGGCAACCGCUACAGAAUCCAAUAUGGAACAAUCAAAGCCGAUGAGUCUACGAACACCAACAGAUAGCGAGACUACAACCAGUCAAGACCAACUACGACAUCGUCUUAAUAAAUCAGCUAAUAUUUGUGCAAAGAGCCAGCUACCGACAGCGGACAUCAAUGGCGCGACAAAGUCAAAGCAGUGUCUAGACCACAACGGAAGCUCCCAACUUGUGACAUCCAAAAACGCGAAUCUUGAUUUUUCGUCCACCCCAAACGAUGGCGACAAACUUCAAGCUCAGCCACUAAACGCUACAGAUCACAAACCGACAACUCAACCUGGCAGUGUUAGCUCUCCAGAACCGAGCCAAAGCGACGUCGAAGAAACUUUUUACGAUUUUGUGAUCCUACACGAAGCCGAAGACGCGGACGAAGCGCAAAGACUCAGGGACAAACUUGAGAGUAUCAUCCGUGGAGUCGGCGCGACAUUUUCCGAUGAAUUCGAGCAACCUGGAAAGUCGACGUUGCGAUGUAUGGAGGACGCCAUCGAGAAUUCGGCAUUCACGCUGCUGCUGCUCACCCAGAACUUCAACUCCAACCUCAGCGCGACCAGCGCCGAUUCGGCGAUCGUGAAUUCGCUGGAAAACCACCACAAAAUGAACUCCGUAAUUCCGCUGCUACCUCGCAAGAACUGUUUGUCGCGCAAAAGUUUUCCAUUGGUGCUUCAGACGAAGGUUCCUCUCGAUGAAAGCAGCAGAAUGUUCGAACGCAACGCCCAAAAGGCCAUCGCACGGGAAAAAGUGGCAAGCCAAAAGACGAUUUGGAUGACCAAACAGCAUCGUAAGAAACUAGUCGAGGAACAGAAGAGACUACAAGAGGAGAACGCCAUAAAAGCGGACCUACGACGAGAGCAGGAAAAAUUAGCGCGGCUGAGACUAGAAAGCGAAAUUCAGCAAAAUAACAUGUUUUGUGGUGCAUCUGCACCAAUGCAUCCACCUCCGGCACAUGGGCCGAUGCAUUCGCAACAUGGCGCGUUGCAGCAGCAGCAACCGUCGUGCAUCCACAUCGAGAACGCGCAGAACGUUAUGAUCGGAAAUCACUCAACGAUGAAUAUCGACCAUGCUAAAAACCCGGCCGAUGAGUUUGAUUUUAAACCUGGUGUUUAAAGUGUUUUUUCACUAAAAUAGGUGUUGUGAGAAAUCUGUAAAACUGUUGUUUUAGCAAAUCAGGUUUGCUGACAUCUGGUUGGCUGAUGAGUUUUUGGGGGCGGGGUUUGGAGAAUGCCUGAUGGUCAACUACAACUACCAAAAAGUACAAGAAAAAGUGUUUCGUAUCAUUGUAUUAAUUACAACAUUAGGGCUGUCGGUAUUUUUUAUGGUGGUUUAUGGGUGGGUUUUUUUUUUGAGUCUAAGCUUCAUUUCCAUUUGUUUUAGUAAAAUAAAUAAAAUCAUAUGACAGCAAGGAAAAUGUUUACACUUUUUCCGGUUGUAUGAUUUACGGUUAAGUUUUCUCAUGACAAACUAUGCUAAAUUAUUCUGUAUUACUCUGCUAAUUACUGUGGGGGAAUUUCUUAAUUUCUGA